CGUGAACUCACUAAAUAGGUUCUGUGUCUUCUGUCAUAUUGUGUUCCCUCUCUGAAUCAAACUCUUCCAAAUUAGGAAAUGGUGUAACCCACCGUCGUCCAAUCAUAUCAAGACACGCAAUUGGUUUUGAUCCGCUAAUCAUCUCUCUCUCCUUUUCCCUUUCAAAUCUCAGGAAUUUUUGUGUUCUUGCUCUGAAUCAUGAAACAUUCUUCCAUCAUUGGUUUCAUUUUCUGUGCCAUUUUUUCGCUCCUCACCGCCUUCAUACUUGUUUCUUCAACAAAUGAUGGACCUUUCUACGAUUCUACUGCAUACACAGAGUGUAGAGCAGAACCAGAGAAACCACUUUACAAUGGAGGGAUGCUGAAAGACCAAGAAGUUUCUGUGCCAAGCAGAGACACUCACAGAAGCGUUGGUGCUCACUACACCCCAGCUUACAUAUUGCACAAUCUCACGCAAAACACCAUCUAUUGCUUCUCCAUUUGGGUGAAGAUAGAAGCUGGUUCUUCUGUAUCAGCAGCUCGUGUAAGAGCAAAGUUGAGAUCAGACAACACCACAUUAAACUGCGUAGGUUCUGUGACCGCGAAACAAGGUUGCUGGUCUUUCCUCAAAGGCGGCUUCUUUCUUGAUUCUCCUUCCCAACUAUCUAUCCUCUUCUUUGAGACAUCAAACGAAGAUGGUGAAACCCAAUUAGAAGUUGCGAGUGCAUCUCUUCAGCCUUUCACGCAGGAACAAUGGAAGAACAACCAAGAUUACUUCAUAAACAUCGCGAGGAAAAGAGCAGUGACAAUUCACGUGGCCAGAGAAAGCGGAGAGAGCGUUGAGGGAGCAGUGGUAAACGUUGAGCAGAUCUCUAAAGACUUCCCCAUUGGUUCAGCCAUCUCCAAAACAAUCCUCGGAAACAUUCCUUACCAAGAGUGGUUCGUGAAGAGAUUCGACGCGACGGUGUUCGAGAACGAACUAAAAUGGUACGCCACGGAGCCACAUCAAGGCAAGCUAAACUACACAUUCCCCGACCAGAUGAUGAGUUUCGUCAGAGCCAACAGAAUCAUCGCACGUGGCCACAACAUCUUCUGGGAAGAUCCCAAAUACACUCCCGACUGGGUUCGCAACCUAACCGGGGCAGAUCUCCGGUCAGCGGUUAACCAACGUAUCAGAAGCCUAAUGACUCGUUACAGAGGAGAGUUCGUGCACUGGGACGUGAGCAACGAGAUGCUUCACUUCGACUUCUACGAAAGCCGGUUGGGGAAGAACGCUUCGUAUGAGUUAUUCGCUGAGGCGCGUGAGCUGGACUCGCUCGCGACUCUGUUUCUUAAUGAUUUCAACGUGGUGGAGACUUGUAGUGAUGAGAGGUCAACGGUUGAUGAGUAUAUCGCGAGGGUUAGGGAGCUGGAAAGGUACGAUGGAGGUGGUGUGAGGAUGGAUGGAGUUGGACUAGAGGGUCACUUCACGAGGCCUAACGUGGCGCUGAUGAGAGCUAACCUUGAUAAACUCGCCACGCUUGAUCUCCCAAUAUGGCUCACUGAGAUUGAUAUCAGCUCUACUCUCGACCACCGCACUCAGGCUAUUUAUCUGGAGCAAGUGUUACGUGAAGGAUUCUCUCACCCAUCGGUGAACGGUAUAAUUCUAUGGACUGCACUUCACCCUUACGGAUGUUACCAAAUGUGCCUCACAGACGAUAAAUUCAGUAACCUUCCAGCCGGAGACGUGGUGGAUCAGAAGCUUUUAGAAUGGACUACCGGUGAAGUUAAGGCAAAGACGGACGACCAUGGAACGUUCAGCUUCUUGGGAUUUUUAGGAGAGUAUAGAGUCAGCAUCGUAUACGAGGGUAAAACGGUGAAUUCAUCUUUCUCGCUCUCUAGAGACUCUGAGACCAAACAUGUCAGGCUCCGUAUCUAACGUGUGUUUAUGUGUAAGAUACACUGUCAAUUUUAUAUGGUCGAUAGAUAUAC